UUUGUGUAUGUCAAGCAGGGCUAUCGCUUUCAUUGCUCCGUUCUUCACAUUACCGCCUUUUCAAUUAGCCUCAUCUCUUGUGUGGGGAUUAAAAAUUGAUUUUGGGGGUGAGAAUGGAUCAAAAGUUCUAUAUUUCUAGCUUGCUACAAGAAGAUACACCGUCUAAAGAGAAACCUGAAACAUCAUCUGAGUCACCAAUACCUACAGGCAGCGAAUGUUCUCUCAAUGAAUCUUCAGACACAACCUUAGAUCAAAAGAUGGAACCAAAUAAAAAAAUGUUUAAUGGAACUCUCGACUUUAAUCCGUGGAUAUGUCAUGUUAGCCAGCAACUAGCAGCACAGCUAUCACAGAACGGUAAAAAUCGACCUGGUGCUCCAAAUCAAGUUCCGCUUCUGAACAUGAAUGUCAAUCAGACGAUGGGAAAUAUGUGGGAUCCUCGGCUUUCAUGGUUGUACCCGUACAUGAGCAAGUCCCCGCAGAAGAGGAAAGGAGGACAGAUAAGAUUCACCAAUGAGCAAACCGAUGCGUUGGAGCACAAAUUCGAUUCACAUAAGUAUUUGAGUCCCCAAGAGCGGAAGAAACUUGCAAAGUCUUUGAGCCUCAGCGAGCGACAGGUUAAAACAUGGUUUCAAAACAGAAGGGCAAAAUGGCGUCGUGUACGUAAGGAUGGUGAGGAUGAGGAUGAAAUGCCUAAUGGAGCGUCAGCAAGAAGCCUCGGACAGCUACAGUCGUCUAAUCCGUUUCUGUCUCAUGGUUAACUAGGUCACCGUAUUAAAAAGUCAGACUUUUAUGGAACAAGUAUCAAAGUUUUGAAAAAAAAAUUUGGUCUAAAUACCUGAAAUACAAGUUGAAAAUUUUGAUGAGCAAUGCACGCAUUUUGGAAACGACAUAAAUUUUUGUAGGUCAAUUUCCCGAGGUAGAUCAAAACCUUUUUUUCAAAACUGUGAUCACUGUGUUUCAAAAUAUAUUAAUAUUGUCACAUCCUCAACAUGUCACCUUUGACGUAUUUAUUACCCGAUCUUCAGCAGUUGUCAGUUGUUCAUUUUUAUGUACUUUAUUCUUUAUUGACUUGUAAAUUCAAGAGUUUUUUAUUAAAGUUACUUUUUAAA